CAAAAGAAAUGUUAUUUUCAUUAUCGAUGGCUAACGCUAGGACUUUUGUUGUCUGGUCCUAUUCUUGUUCCUUCUUUCGUUUAAGCAUUUGUUCCAAAAAUUGAAAACAUCCCCGCCAUCUGCAUCGUUAGCUUCGCAACCAGCAUCGCACGUACAACUUGAGACCAAAAACCUCAUUUGAGAUAUAUACGCCAAGGCUAAAAAAAAGCUUCAUCACUGUAGCUAUCCUUAGAAUUGAGUCCACAUACUAUUCGCUCAGUCUCCCCCUCUUCCCUCACCCCUUACGCACACAGGAACAUGCAACGAACAGGUAUGUUGGAUGCUGGCUCAAAGGAGACAGUCGAUCCUAUGGACCUCACCUCGGACUAUGACAACUACACAUACGAUACUUCAGUCUCUUCUUUAGACUACAGCAAGAUGCUGAAGGGAAGAAAUGCAUUCAGGUUGAAAGGCGGUUUCCAAAAAGUGAAAAGCUUUAUACAAGAACACAAAUUCGUGAGAUACGUUCUUUUCCUUAUACCCCUGUUUGUGUUUGCCUAUCUGAUAACAUAUCCCUCCCAUAAAGACAAUUCGCCGUCAAAAAUUGUGAUGAUUCUGGCUGUAAAUGAAGGUGGUGGUGUGGAACGCUGGAAGACUCCGCAAGAAUGGUCGGUGGAAAGAUCCAGUAUUGCUAAUAAGAAGGCUUAUGCGCAAAGACACGGCUAUACCCUAACUUUGAAAGAUACGAGUUUAAAAAGAAGAUACAGUCACGAAUGGAGAGAAGGCUGGGAGAAAGUCGACAUUCUGAGGCAAACUAUGCGUGAAUAUCCAGACGCUGAAUGGUUUUGGUGGUUGGACACAUACACCUUCAUAAUGGAACCAGAGUUGAGUCUUGAAUCAUAUCUUCUCGAAGACAUAAACAAGAAAGCAUACAGAUCUGUAGAACACUUUAAUCCCUUAGGCAUCAAAACAGAUGUGCCUUAUGUGAACACUUUGGAUCAACCCAUUGACAUGAUUUUAGCACAGGAUUGUGGAGGUUUCAAUCUCGGGUCCUUCCUGAUCAGAAGAUCGGAAUGGACUGAUCUAUUGCUAGAUGCAUGGUGGGACCCCGUACUGUACGAGCAGAUGCACAUGGUGUGGGAACACAAGGAACAGGAUUGUUUGGAAGUGUUGUACAGUCAGCAACCUUGGAUAAGGGAAAGGCUUGGAUUCGUUCCAUUGAAGGCCAUCAACUCUUUCCCAGAUGGUGCUUGUGAGGACCAAAAGGAUGAUAAGAGAUAUUUCUACAGUAAGAAGGAUCGUGAUUUCAUAGUUAACAUGGCCGGCUGUAAUUUUGGCGACCGAUCUUGUUGGGAUGAGUAUGAAAACUUCAGGAACUUGAAGGCAGAAUUGCAUCGUCCUUGGUACAAGUUGUGGUAGCACCAUACUAUCAUGCUAUCAUAUGAAAGGUUACUUUAACUUUAGUAAAGUUCAAGCUUGCACAAAUUCUUUAAACUUAAAAGAUCUAAUAAAAAUUUUCUAACUGAUCCCACCAUCUGGUCCAUUGACUUACUUUAGCUCUCUACUAGCAAAAGCAUAGAAUAAUUUUUUUAGAACGUUCUUUGCCUUUGCUAUUUCAUCGCUUCGUAGUAUUUGCUGUAGGUCAACUUUAUCUGCAGGAGCAAGCUCGUAAAGUUUAGAAUAGUAUGGUCUAAUUGAUGUCUCGUCAAAAAGCUCGAAGCUUCUGUUUUUACCUCUUAACCUUCUGCUGCACCACUCAAUCUGCUCUGCGGUUGGUGGAAGAUGUUUGUAGCCGUACCACAAACC